GGUAAUUUUAGGUGUUUGAGAGGCUUGGCCCCAGUUUAUAUGAUUUCUUGAAGAGAAAUAGGUACCAUCCACUUCCUGUGGAUCUUGUUCGGGAUUUCGCUCGCCAGAUUUUGGAAUGUGUAACAUAUAUGCACCAUUUACGGUUAGUCCACACUGAUCUGAAGCCAGAAAAUAUACUCCUUGUGUCAUCUGAAUCCUUGAUGCUCCCAAGCUACAACAGGAGCUCAGGUGAUGCAAACACUAGGUGCUUGCCAAAAUCAAGUGCUAUUAAGGUGAUUGAUUUUGGUAGUAGUGUGGAUGAUGAUCGGAUUCAUUUCUCAAUUGCUUCCACAAGACAUUACAGAGCACCGGAAAUUAUUCUAGGUUUGGGGUGGACCUAUCCCUGUGACUUAUGGAGCGUAGGUUGUAUACUUGUUGAACUUUGCAUGGGCGAAUCUCUUUUUAAGACACACGAUAACUUGGAGCAUUUGGCAAUGAUGGAGAGAGUGUUGGGUCCUCUUCCUGUUCAUAUGGUUCAACGGGCAAACAGAGGUGCAGAGAAGUAUUUCAGGAAAUCAAGAUUGAAUUGGCCCGAAGGGGCACUAUCGAGGGAGAGCAUAAGAUCGGUUAAGAAAUUGGACCGACUUCAGGAUCUUGUAUCCAUGCAGUUGAGGUGCCCAAGAUCAUCAUCCCUUCUAGACUUGCUACAUGGCUUGUUGAAGUUUGAUUCAUCUGAGCGUCUUACCGCUCGAGAAGCGCUUAACCAUCCAUUCUUUAGAACCACAGUCUAAGCAGAGGUGGGCCCUGUUCCGUUUAUCUUCGUCCUCGUUGAUCCUUGUUGUUGGCUUUCACUUGAAAUUUUUUUAUAGAUGCUUCAUGAAUGGCGGCUCCACCCCACAGUUGCUGUACUUCUAUUGUGUAACAAGUUACUCCAAUUAUAUACAUAUACAUACAUUCAGUAGGUCUUUCAUGUAAGCGGUAGUUCCCCGAGACACGUUCAAAACAUGAUAUUAUUUGUGCCUAAGUGCAUUGAUAUAUGUUACUCUAUUCCUUCCAAAAUAUGAUUUAUAUUUUUUUCCUAUAAAUUUCUUGUUUAAAU